AUGUCUGAAGUGGACUUAGAGAGAGAGCUGCAGCUGCGGCAGCAGCGCAUGCAGCAGCGGCGUCUGGAACAAGGCCGGCUGCAGCAACAGCAGCAGCUUCUGCAGCAGCAGCAGCAGCAACUGCAGCAGCAACAGCAACACCUGCAGCAGCAGCAGCAGCAGCUUCUUAUUGAAGAAGCAGAUCUCGUCCGAAGCAGCCCGCGAGAUGCCCCUCUGUUUGCUGCUGGUACGCUGGAGGAGCAUCAGCAGCUUCUGCUGCAGCAGCUGCAGCUGCAGCAACAGCAGCAGCAUCACACGUUCCAGCAGCAGCAGCAGCAGCGAAAUGACAAGUUGCUGCGAUCCAGCUGUAGCGACGGCGAUGCAAAUAUAUCAGCAGCAGCAGCAGCUGCAGCACAUGCUGCAGCUGCUGUUGCAGCGCGCUUCUCUCACACAGAGAGGAUCUGCUGCCGCAGCAACAGCAGCAGCAGCAGCAGCAGUAGCGGCAGCUACCGGCAGCCCAGUUCGAGCAGCAAUUCACCGGUUGCAGCAGCUGCAGCAGCAGCUGCUGCUGCUGCUGCCGCCGCUGCUGUACAGGCAGUAGAAGCGCCGCGGCGGGUUCAGCGCAGCAGCAGCAGCAGCAGCAGCACAGGACCUUGGCGGCACCUUACUCCGCAGCAAGAGCAGCAGCAGCAAGAGCAGCAGCAGCAGCAACAACAGCAGCAGCAGCAGCGUCAGCUGAUUUCAUGCAACUGGCGAGACAUUCCUUUUGAGCCGCAACCGAAGACCACUUUCUCCUCUCAGCCUAGCUUUGCUGCUGCUGCUGCUGCUGCUGCUGCUGAAGCAGCAGCAGCAGGGGACGAUUCACGACGCAACACAGCAGCAGCAGCAGCAGCAGCAACCAGUGAUGCCUUGAAGCUGCAGUUUAGGCUACCACCUCUUUCGCGCGAGCUGCAGCACGCCUCAGCAGCACCCAGCCUGGAAGCAGCAGCAGCAGCAGCAGCAGCAGGAGCAGCAGCAGAUGCAGCUUUUUGUAUGGCGAGCGAUUCUUCUGCUGUUCCGUCCUCAGCAGCAACUCCCGUCUCAUCCAGACACGUAGCAGCAGCAACAGCAGCAGCAACAGCAGCAACAGCAGCAGAUGCUGCAGCAGAUGCAUACGUCGCGGCAGCUGAGGCUGCUGCACGUACUGCCUCUGAUGCUGCAGAGGCUGCUACUGCUGCUGUGCGUGAGCAGCAGCAGCAGCAGCAGCAACAGCAACGGAAGCAGCAGCAGAUGCUGCAGCAUAUAGAAGGACGCCGUGCAGCUCUUGAUCUGCUGCAGCAGCAGCAGCAGGAGCAACAUAUGCUCCAACGCGAUGCACCAGCAGCAGCAGCAGCAGCAGCAGCAACAGCAACAGCAGCAGCAGCACCAGCACCAGCACCAGCCGCGAGCAGCAGCAAGAGCGAAUACAGCAGCUGCUGCUUCGGCAGCUCUUCCGACCCAGGCCAUCAAGCCAGUGUUGCUGCCUCUGCUGCUGCUGCUGCUGCUGCUGCUGCUGUGGCUGCGUCGCGUGCUGCAGUUGCACAGCCGAACAAGGGUGAACUGCAGCAGCAAGACACCAGCAGCAGCAGCAGCAGCAGCAGGUCGCAUGCGCAUUUAAAUAUCUCUUCUGAUCUUUCAUUCAUUUCUGCUGCAGGAGACACAGGCUUGGGUUCUUCUGCCUGCAGCAGCAGCAGGACUGCUGCUGCGUUGUGGGGUAUACACAGCAGCAACAGCAGCAGCAACAGCAGCAGCAGCAGCAGCAGCAGCAAGGUCUUCGAUUACAGUGCCCUCCGCAGCAGCAUCCGCAAUAUUCGUGACAGCUUCACAGUGCUACCCACAGCAGCAGCAGCUGCUGCUGCAACACUAGCAGCCCCAGCAACAGCAGCAGAAACAACACCUGGAAGCAGCAGCAGCAGCAGCAGCAGCAGAAAGCAGCCAACGAAGCCUCAAACAGACUCUGUUGCUUCAACGGCUUGCGGCUGGAGCAGCAGCAGGAGUCUCUCUACCCAGGGCACUGGUGCAGGCUUCAUUCGCACUUCUUCUCAACCCUCUUUGCGUCGGCUGGGGCAGCAGCAUGAACCAGCAGCAGCAACAGCAGCAGGAGCAGCAGUACCAGCAGCAGCAGCAGCAGCAGCAGCUGCUGCUGCUGCUGCUGCUGCUGCAUCGGCAGCACCUGGGAUGCAGCAGCAGCCAAAGGAUCAGCUGAGGAGGGAGGAGUUUAUAGGGGAGAGCCGCUCCGAACAGCAGCAGUUGGUGGAGCAGCAGCAGCUGGUGCAGCAGCUGCAGCAGCGACUGCUGCAGCAGCAAGAGCAACUGCAGCAGCAGCAGCAGCGAAUACAGCAGCAGCAGCAGCAACUGGAGCAGCAGCAACAUGAGCUACAGCAAAUCCAACAGCAGCAGAUGGAUCUGCAGGGCCUUCAAGAGGAACUGAGGCAGCACAAGGUCUUGCUGCAGCAGCAGGAGUUGCUGCUGCAGCAGGAGCAGCGUCGACAUGAAGAAGCCC